AUGAAGCAACCGGUUGUUCAUAGUGGCUCCAUUCGAGAGACCAUGGCCAUCAUACCGUCUCCACUGCUUGGAGAACUGCUCACAGCCAACCGGAUCAACCGUCAGGCAGACAUGUGCUUUUACAACCAAAAGAGAUUCGCGUGUGGAGACUGGAGCUGGACCAGCUUUGCUCACCGAUGCAACUAUGAGUAUCGUACCGGCGAGACAUGCGGUAUGAGACUCGUCAACAUGACCGAGAAUGAGAAGACCAACUGUCGUCUCUGCGAAAAGAUCGAAACCAAAUAUCGCCGGCGUAGUGCUGAACUUGACCGUUUGGACCGGUGGAAGCGAGAGGGUGCCAACCUUGUGGCCUCAAUGGACCGGUCCCACAAACUCAUUAUGGACUUGGAGAGAGAGAUCCGCUCCCUGCAACGGGAGCGGGACGACCGAAGAAGCACUCUCCUAAGAUAG